AUGAAAAUGACAUCGGCUCAAAAUCAACGCUUUCCGUCUUUUUCUACUACCAUCUCUGCAUUAGGUAUUGUUUUGUAUUGCGCUGGAUUUUUAAGAGUUGAACUAGAGAUGAAUAAUCAGAAGAAGAGGUUAGAUGCCCUUGAAAUCGUCGCGAGGACAAAACAACCAUUCAGCGAGCCACAUCACAGUAUCGUCAAGUUCAUCAAGGAUGCUCCCGGUAUGUACUUUUCACCUUGUCUAAAGGCAGUUUAAAAAAAUCAUGUAUUCUGAAAUCUUUUGUCUUAUCCUAAAAAGAAUACUCAUGUUUACGAAAGUUUGUUCAAUGAGCCUUAUUUUUAAACACGAGCGAAAACGUGAUUAAGUCAAUUCGUGAAAGAAUUAACCUUUGCGUGUUUUCAACUUAACUGCGUGGUAAAAAAAAGCAUUAAAGGCCAUUCCGACUUGGUUUACUACUUCUUUUCCUCACACAGGCGGUAUGAAUGACUCUUCCAUGCACAAAUACUCUUACAUGAUAAAAAUAGAAAAGUAAUAUUUCAUGAUGAAACUUAAAAGAAAUAGUUUCAGUUUUCCGAAGAAGACUAAGAAUUAAAAUUACCCCAAGGGCAUUGUUUAAGGGGCGGACCAUUUAACUCUUGAGAGAGGGGGAGGGUGGCUGAUUUCUGGUCAUCAAGAAUUUUUUUUUUCUAGCAAUCUGAUGGGCAGGAUAUUUUGUUCCCAUUUUUUCCCAUAAGCUUUCUAUUACAUUUGUGCUGCAUGCAAUUUUUUUCUUCCGACAAGCGCUUUCAGGAAUUUUUUUUUCAAAAUCACCCACCCCACCGCCCCCCUCAAGAGUUAAAUGGUCAGCCCCUAAGAUAAUAAUUUUACAAGUCUUACAAAAGCUUGAUGCGUUUUGCUUGGAUUUAGGUCAUUAAAACUCAAACCAAAAUAGCGUCUUAAUCACUGAACUGGAAUAAAAUGACAUGAAUUAGGAAAUUUUAUCUAACCAUUGUGAAUAAAGAAAAAAUACCAAUGAACCCUCAGCUAAGAAGACGGAGUCGUGAAAUUUGCGGUUAUCGGUUUCCUUAUGAUUAAAGCUUGUUGGAAGGAACCUCUGGAAGGAACCAUUAAUCAGGGCGUGAAUGGGGUAAGCCGAGUAGCGACAAAGAGCGAAAAGUAUUACUGACUACCGGCAAAACGGUAAAUGACUUGUCCAUCGGAUAGUCCAACGGAAAGAACUUCCUCCUUUGUUGUUACGUUUAUACAGCAACUGAAUUUUAACCGACAACCGACAAGUGGACCCCCCACCCCCACCCCCCAUUUAGACCCUCUUAAUCGAACUGACAAUUCCUUAUUCUUAUCGACAGAUUUUUUCCCCAAUGAACAUUAUCGAAGCAAGCGACAUGCAAAUUCAGCUAAUAAUACGAGGGAAACGAAAACAACAGCCGCCUUGAUUAAAGAAAUUCACAAUAUUUUAUCAGAGGGGAGGAUCCGCCUUUGCAAAUCAACAAAUGAGGCGUGUCAGUCAGGUCCACCCGGACCGAAGGGAGACCGAGGACGAAAAGGGAAGAGAGGAUCACGUGGAAGCAAGGGAGACAGAGGUAUUAUGGGAUCACAGGGGAAAAGUGGGCCCGUGGGACCAAAAGGUGAUGCUGGAAUAAAGGGGAAAAAAGGGGACACAGGGAUCGCUGGCAUACCGGGAGCCAAAGGAGAUAGAGGCACUACGGGACCACCAGGAAAGAGUGGCAAACAAGGUAUCAUGGGACCUGUAGGGCCAAAAGGUGUUCCUGGACUCAAAGGACGAAAGGGAGAUAAAGGGAUCGCUGGCAUGCCGGGAGCCAAAGGAGAGAGAGGUAUGAUAGGAUCACCAGGAAAAAUCGGCAAACAAGGUAUCAUGGGACCUGUAGGGCCAAAAGGUGUUCCUGGACUCAAAGGGCAAAAAGGAGACACAGGAUCCGCGGGCAUGCCUGGAGCCAAAGGAGAGCCUGGUCAACUUAGUGAGUGACAAUAUAAGACUAUCAAUAUCGACUUCCCUCUUUUUUCAACCAUGAAUCUUCUUUUUCGAUACCACUUUUUUUGCCAGAAAAUUUUUGCGGCCAUUUUUGACCAAAAUUUCCACAGGUCCCAUGAUACCUUGUUUGCCACUUUUUCCUGGUGAUCCUAUCAUACCUCGAUCUCCUUUGGCUCCCAGCAUGCCAGCGAUCCCUUUAUCUCCUUUUCGCCCUUUGAGUCCAGGAACACCUUUGGGCCCUACAGGUCCCAUGAUGCCUUGUUAAUCUUCAUAAAUCAGAAAGCGUUGAUUAAAACUGACUUCUGCUGACUAUCCGUAUUGUUUAAUUCGUGAAAAGACUUUGAUGGCUUCCCUAACCCUUUCACAAGGUCCCUGGAAGAAAAGCAUUUGAAUUAAGUCUCAGCUAUGGAUCAUUAUUGGUAAACAGCUUUUCAAAACUUAGAGGAAAACGCGUCUUCGUGGUCUGGAGUGGUACUUAAUUUGCUACUUGAGCUUUCUGAAAUACUCUGAAACAUUGCCGUAACACGCGCCUAAGUCAACAACAACAGUUAGAAAUAAUGGCGGAACGCCACAAUCUACUUCUACAAACAAAUUGCACUUUUAUGGUCCCUUAAGACUCAAACAAGCACUCACAUACUUUUCUAGACAGAUAGCUAGGUUAAUUUUUUCUCUUUCGUUCUAAAAAGAAAAAGUUUUCCCCGAGCCGUGUCAUUUCAACCUGAAUGUUGCUAGUAAUAACCAUUGCUUAUUGUGGAUAAUCAGUACUGAUUCUAGCUGAGAAAAACUUAGAAUGCCAAGAAACAGUCAGUGUUACCAUAACUAAUAAUUAUCAUUAUUGAUAUAUUAUAUUAUUAUUAUUAAUGUCAGAAACGGAUAAUUUUCUUUGUCAUGACUUGAUUUAAGACAGUGGACUGCCUGCAAUAGUUAUUGAUCGCAUCUGAUCCGCAAGGAAUGUAUUUGGGAAAUCGUUAUUGACACAGUGAUUGUAUUUUUAUGAUUUAUAUAUAUAAUUCUUAUUUCUGUAAAUUAUGUACAUAUUUUUAAAGUUUAAUUAAAUUUGUUGUUUAUUUAUUACUAUUAUUAUAAUUAUUGUUAUUAUUAUUGUUAUAUUAUUAUUAUUAUUAUUAUUAUUGAUAUCAUUAUUAUCAAUAUUAUCAUUAUUGUCAUUAUUAUUCCUACAGAACAUUUCCGAUCGGAGAAACUGCAUAAUUUUUCAUAUCAUACGACAGCCGAUUUCAAUAUAUAGUUGUUUUAUCGGUUAUUCAUUCAAAAUAUUUAAAAAUUUCUAAGCCCUUAACAUCCCUACCUCCUCUUAGACUUUCUUCAAAACAUUUGCCUGUCUCUCAAUCUCACAGUUUCAGAAUAUGAACACAUAUCUUUUUCCCUGCAGAUACUCCUCAAAAGCUGACGGCUGAAAGCUGAAAGCGUAUUUUUGCAUUUAUUUUUGCCUUUACUCAUUUACCCUAAUUCGGCUAUUUUAUCUUCGGACAUCCGUAAGCUCUUUAGCUAUUUUCGGUUUGAGUUCCAGUGCGCCGCUGCCUUGCGUUGAAACGAGGUCGCGAUUGUAUAUUGGUAGCCAUAUACCAUCGUAUCGACUGUAUAUUGCCACAUCUUCCCAAUUGAUCAGCACCAGCUGGCUAUGAACAAUUGCUCAAGAAUUAAAGCCAAUUAGAAAAUUAACGAUGAAAUAUUUUGAAUAAAUAAUAAGAAGAAUUAUGCUCAACUGCAUAAAUUCACCCUUCUUUUAGCUUUGAACGGCUUGUUGCAGUUUGUUGCCUGUUAUCUUAGGACGGGUGGGUAUAAAUACUGAAGGAAACAAUUAAAAAUUCUCCUGAAUAUGAAUAUUUUGAGUAUAUUUUUAUAUAUACUCAUUUGGCUUGUCACAAAUCCUAUGGUUCGGGGAAACCUAGCUAGUCUUUUUCUCUCGCAAACGUUGAUCAAAUUUUUAAUGCUGCCGGUCUUUGGUGUUAUUAAUUAAGGCUCGCUCUGUAUUGCAACUGAAAGCUGUUUGGGUAUAUCAGAAGCUUCUCCAUGCGAAGGAGCAUUGUUAUUCACUCUAUUUUGUUGAAGCUUAGGUAUUAAUCUUUAUAUUUUUCUUUUUAAACAAAACUACCCAUCGUGACUCUCUCCCAAUAAUCGCCUCCCACGAGACACUUUAAUAGCUUCAUGCUUUCCAUCGGGAGGGUGCAUAGAUUACUCCUGGUGACGGUGUCUUUUCCUGUGAAAACUCUUUAGCUUAUGGAACGUGUAUUCAUACUUUCAGAUUCAGAUUGUUUAUCGCUGUUAAAAUCAGGCCAUACUCAGAGUCGAGCGUAUUCUGUAGACCCAGACGGUAAAGGAUCCUUCCAAGUAUACUGUGACAUGCAAACUGAUGGUGGAGGAUGGACUGUGUUUCAGAGAAGACAGGAUGGCUCGGUGGAUUUCUAUCGGGGAUGGAACGAUUACAAAUCAGGCUUUGGUCAGCUGACGGCUGAGUUCUGGUUAGGAAACGACAAGAUCCACAGGCUGACGGUCGCUAGACCCAGUUCUUUACGAGUAGAGCUAGAGGACUGGAGCGGAGUAAGAGUGUACGCCAAAUAUGGCACGUUUAACAUUAGUGAUGAGCAGGCGAAGUAUCGACUCAAAGUGGGCUCAUAUUCAGGGACGGCGGGAGAUUCUUUAGGUCCUGGUGGUUAUGAUCUUAAUAACAUGGCAUUUACAACAAAAGACCGAGAUAAUGACAGAAACAGUUAUGGUAACUGUGCUGUAUCCUGGACUGGUGCCUGGUGGUACAGGAAUUGCCACGGCUCCAAUCUAAACGGAAAGUACCUAGGACAAAAAUAUGAUAAUCGAGGUCUCAGAUGGAAUAGAUUUAGAAGAGAUCUCUCUCUCAAAUUUGCUGAAAUGAAGCUUAGGCCGUCAUCUUAG